UGUUCGAUAAAUUAGUCAUUAAAGUUAUGGAUACUCCUGUGAUUAAGCUUUCUCUUUCGGAAGAAGAGACUGUAUAUGUACCUUCUGAAGAUUCAUUCCUUUUAAUAGAUGCUUUAGAAGCCGAUUUAGAAUUGUUCAGAACUGUAAAGUCGCGAUUAUGCUUAGAAAUAGGUAGUGGAUCUGGCGUAGUUAUAACUGCAUUAGCAGCUGCAUUAAAAAAAUACUGUUCGUCAUAUUUUCUUGCAACUGAUAUUAAUCCACAUGCUUGUAUGGUAACGAAGAAAACAAGCAUUAAUAAUGCAGUUGAUAUCGAUGUGAUCCAAAUGGAUUUGGUUUUUAGCAUUCGUAACAAAGGAGUGUUCGAUAUAAUUGUAUUUAAUCCACCUUACGUUGUUACAGAAUCUGUAGAAGUGUAUGACAAAAGAUUAAUUUCAAAAACAUGGGCAGGUGGAAUAAAAGGGCGAGAAGUUAUGGAAAAAAUAUUUGCCCAUAUUCCUAUUUUAUUGUCUGAUGUAGGGAUUUUUUAUUUAGUUGUUAUAGAGGAAAACGAACCAGAUUAUAUUAUGCGUAUUUUUAGAAAUUUUGGCAUGAAAGGAGAAAUUGUAGCAGAUCGAAAGAUACGCGGAGAGCAUUUAAAAGUUUUAAGAUUUGUAAAGUUAAAGCAAAGAGAACCUAAAAAUUGUGAGGAAACUAUUGUAAAAAAUGGAUGAUAACUUGAAUUAAUGUUUUAUACUAAUUAUUUUGUAACCUAGUAGUAUAGUUUUUAUGAGUACCCUGAAUAUGUUGUAAUUGCUCUUAAAUUAUUAUGGAAUAAUAAUUUUGAUUUAAAGUUGCUUAACACAGCUAAGGUACAUCCAUAAUAAAUUUGAAUUCAUUAAAUAUUAUAUGUACCUAUUGAAACUACUUUAUUUGACAUGCUCAUUUUUUUAAUUAUAUGUUUCAAAAAGUGCACUUUUUGUUAAUAUUCUUACAUUUGUUGUAUACUUGUGUAAUAGUAAUGUCUCGACUGUUUUUAAAUUUUAUUUCCAAAGGACAGUUAUGCUGUCAACAUUACAAAGCAUUAUAUAUUAUCAGAUAAUAAAUUUUGUAUUAAAUAAAGAAGUUAGCAUGUGUAUAAAGUACAGGGUGUUAGAAAAGUCUGGAAAAGAUGUAUAUAUUUAUAUCGAUGUACCACAAACAAACCUAAUAUACAGAAAAAUUGCAACAUAAAAAUCAAGUGAUGGAUAAUAUUUAUAAUAAAGCUGUUUAAGUUAGUAA